UCAAUAUUGCCCCCAGAAAUAAGAUUUCAGAAACGAAUUCGCUCAAAAAAAAAAAGAUUUGAGAAACGAAAAUACCUAUCUACCCAGACUCCGCCUUCGCCAAAGAAAACAGGUACCAGUUCGUCUUCCAGAAUCGAUUUUCGCCAGAGAGAACAGGCUUGGGUUCCUCCACUUGUUGACAAACAUAGCUUUGUUUGGCUCGCCGAAUACCUAAGGGCUUUGUUUCGCUUGAUUGCUUCGAGCUCUCUCUGCGCUUCAAAUCAAAUCUCAGCAAGGAAAACCCCACAAAUCAAUGUUACAAGGAUCUCUAUUCGGGUCGGUGAUUCGACCCGGCAUUUACCGGCAAGCUUCUCGAGUUGGAUCUGUCUCCGGACGACAAUUCCAUUCCUUCUCACAAAUUCCGACCAAAAUCGGCGCCUUUUCCGGAUUAAUCAAGAGUUCGAAAAGCGAGGCACAUCUUCCGUUGUCAAUUUUGGGAAACCUGGGCAUGAAACUGGGCUUGGUCCGAGUGGCAGAGAAUGUUCAUUUGCCUUGUGCUUUGAGUUUCAGGAGUUCUUUACAUUCUGGAGAAAAACCAGAGGUUGAGGAAGGAAGAGAUCCUAGAUCUAUGGACCCUGAACAGGCAACACAGGAAAGUGGAAAUGGUGUAGAUGGAAAACCUCCACUUGAGGUUGGGGUAGGAAGGGGUCCACGUUUCGUUGGAUAUGAUCAGCUGUUAAAUCGGGAAAGAGAAAAUGGUUUAAAUGGGCUACCUCCAAUUGAGUUUGGGGCACGAAGGAAUCUUCGUUCCAGUGGCUAUGGUCAGUUGUUAAACUGGGAAAGAGGAAAUGAUGUGAAUGGAUUACCUCCACUUGAGGAUGGGGUAGGACGGAAUCUUGGUUCCAUUGGCUAUGAUCAGUUGUUAAACCGGGAAAGAGGAAAUGGUAUGAAUAGGCUAUCUCCACUUGAGAACGAGGCAGGAAGAACUCAUCCUAAGCCUAUGGACUUUGUUCGGGGAUUACUCCGAGAUGAAAGACCUCCACGCUAUCAGCCAGAGGUUGGAGCAGGAGGGCUGCCGAGGCCUAUUAAUGAUGCGCAGGGAAAUUUCCAGGGCAGAGGCUAUGGUCAGAGGGGAGACCCUGCAUUUUAUCAGCAGGCUCAACUUGAGUCAAAUGCUGAUAUUGUGCACAUUAAAUUGAUGCGAAACAACUCAUAUGUCACGUUAACUGAUUCUAAAGGGAACAAAAAGAUGUCGGUUUCUGCUGGUCAAGUGGCAGCGAAAGGAGAUAAACCUGGCCGGUAUUCGGGUGAAGCAGCUGCUGAGUAUAUGGGACGAGUAGUGAAACAGAUGAAAAUAAAAUCAGUUGUGGUAAAAGUGAGCGGAUUCACCUUUUUCAGGAAGAAGAAGGAUUCUAUUUUGGCCUUCAAAGACGGGUAUACUCAUUCACGAGGAGAUGUAAAUCCUGUUGUGUACAUUGAGGAUACGACUAGGAAACCACAUAAUGGCUGCCGUCUUCCUAAGAAGCGCCGCAUAUGAUUUCUGUGAGCAUUCCAUGGAAAUGGGGAUUGAGGCAGAUGUCCGAGUUUGGGUUGAAGAUUUUACUACUCAGUUGCAUUUUGAUGAGGCUAUAAGCUUUACUGUUGUUACCGAUUUUCUGUUUAUUGCUGGUGUUAUGGUGAUUCUGGUAGAUGGGGAAGAAAAAAAGAAGUUAUUUUUUGAAUAUUAAGUGCUUCUGGCUGUUAGUUUUUGCUGUUAAAGUCUCGAGGUACUUGAUCUUGAAUUAGGGAGAUUUUUGUCUGCAAUUCGCCGGAAAUAAUGAUGAUCAAUUGUAUCCAUGCUUAUGAUAAUGAAAACUACUAUGAAUCUACGUAUUUAAUUGAGCUA